AUGAGCAGAGAAAGGUGUGAUCGCCCUGCCCCCGACCCCGUGGUGUCCUCGGGAAUGAAGGCCAUUGGGGUUCUCGUGGUCUUUGCCUCCUGCCUGAUGGCCCCUGCCCACAGCAGCUUCUGGCAAUUUCAGAGGAUGGUCAAACUUAUCACGGGACGGAGUGCCUUCUUCUCGUAUUAUGGAUAUGGCUGCUAUUGUGGCCUUGGGGGCAAAGGGACCCCCGUGGACGACACAGACAGAUGCUGCCUGGCACAUGAUUGCUGCUAUGGGAAGCUAAAGCAGUUUGGUUGCCAGCCCGUGCUGAACAGCUACGAAUUCCACAUCGCCAACAGGACCGUGGCCUGUCAAUGUGCCCUCGACCCCAGCGUCAGCUGCCUCUGUGGGCUGCGGGCAUGUGAGUGUGACAGGGAGUCUGCCUACUGCUUCCGAGAGAGCCUGCCCACCUACAAGAAAAACUUCAAGCCGUUCUUCUCCAGCCGGCCCCGCUGUGGCAGGCAUAAGCUCCAGUGCUAG